AUGUAUAGAUCAAACCGGGCUGCACACCAGGACACAGCGCACGACAUUAUCACAACUGCAACGUAUAGAUCAAACCGAGCAGCACACCAGGAAACAGCGCACGACAUUAUCACAGCUGCAACGUAUAGAUCAAACCGAGCUGCACACCAGGAAACAGCGCACGGCUUUAUCACAGCUGCAACGUAUAGAUCAAACCGAGCAGCACACCAGGAAACAGCGCACGGCUUUAUCACAACUGCAACGUAUAGAUCAAACCGAGCUGCACACCAGGACACAGGACCAGGGCUUUAUCACAGCGAGCUGCACACCAGGACACAGCGCACGGCUUUAUCACAGCUGCAACGUAUAGAUCAAACCGAGCUGCACACCAGGAAACAGCGCACGGCUUUAUCACAGCUGCAACGUAUAGAUCAAACCGAGCAGCACACCAGGAAACAGCGCACGGCUUUAUCACAACUGCAACGUAUAGAUCAAACCGAGCUGCACACCAGGACACAGGACCAGGGCUUUAUCACAGCGAGCUGCACACCAGGACACAGCGCACGGCUUUAUCACAGCUGCAACGUAUAGAUCAAACCGAGCUGCACACCAGGAAACAGCGCACGGCUUUAUCACAGCUGCAACGUAUAGAUCAAACCGAGCUGCACACCAGGACACAGCGCACGGCUUUAUCACAGCUGCAAUGUAUAGAUCAAACCGAGCUGCACACCAGGAAACAGCGCACGGCUUUAUCACAGCUGCAACGUAUAGAUCAAACCGAGCUGCACACCAGGAAACAGCGCACGGCUUUAUCACAGCUGCAACGUAUAGAUCAAACCGAGCUGCACACCAGGACACAGCGUCCGGCUUUAUCACAGCUGCAACGUAUAGAUCAAACCGAGCUGCACACCAGGAAACAGCGCACGGCUUUAUCACAGCUGCAACGUAUAGAUCAAACCGAGCUGCACACCAGGACACAGCGCACGGCUUUAUCACAGCUGCAACGUAAAGAUCAAACCGAGCAGCACACUAGGACACAGCGCACGGCUUUAUCACAGCUGCAAUGUAUAGAUCAAACCGAGCUGCACACCAGGAAACAGCACGGCUUUAUCACAGCUGCAAUGUAUAGAUCAAACCGAGCUGCACACCAGGAAACAGCGUACGGCUUUAUCACAGCUGCAACGUAUAGAUCAAAACCGAAAGGUAAUACCAGGACACAGCGCACGGCUUUAUCACAGCUGCAACGUAUAGAUCAAACUGAGCUGCACACCAGGACACAGCGCACGGCUUUAUCACAGCUGCAAUGUAUAGAUCAAACCGAGCUGCACACCAGGACACAGUGUACGGCUUUAUCACAGCUGCAACGUAUAGAUCAAACUGAGCUGCACACCAGGAAACAGCGCACGGCUUUAUCACAGCUGCAACGUAUAGAUCAAACCGAGCUGCACACCAGGAAACAGCGCACGGCUUUAUCACAGCUGCAACGUAUAGAUCAAACCGAGCUGCACACCAGGACACAGCGCACGGCUUUAUCACGCCGUAACGAGAUCAAACCGAAGGCACACCAGAACAGCGGCUUUAUCAUAGCCGUAAUGUAUAGAUCAAACCGAAGCCGUACUGACCAGGAACAGCGACGGCGACACAGCUGCAAACGAGCAGAUCAAACCGAAGCUGCACACCAGGACACAAAGGCACGGUUUAUCACAGCCGCAACGAUAGAUCAAACCGAAGGUAACACCAGAAUAAUAGCGCCAUCGUCAAGGCUCGCAACGCAUAGAUCAAACCGAAGCUGCAACAUCAGGACACAGCGUUAG